CACCUCGCCGCUCACGAAUUGCUCUCUCAACGGCAUAUUCCCCCAUAAAAACCAUAGAAAGAGACACAUCUACACGCAAGGGAAUCAUGUCUCUCACAAACGACUCUCCAGAGGUCGCCGCCGCCGCCGCCAAGACGGCCUCCUUCACCCUGGCCUCGCUCCCGGCAUCGGCUCGCAACGAGGCCCUCGAGGCCAUCCACGCGGCUCUCACAGCGUCCAAGGACGAGAUCCUGGCGGCGAAUGCGCGCGACCUGGAGCUUGCGAGAAAGGCGGCGGCAGAUGGGAAACUGUCGCAGGCGCUCGUUUCGAGGCUGGAUCUGGGGAAGAAGGGCAAGUGGGAGGAUAUGCUGCAGGGCAUCUUGGACGUGAGGGACUUGGAAGAUCCUGUGGGCAAGGUCUCACUGCGAACCAAGCUUGACGACAACCUCAACCUGGAGCGAGUUUCAUGUCCCAUUGGCGUCCUCCUUAUCAUAUUCGAGGCGCGCCCCGAGGUCAUUGCCAACAUUGCCAGUUUGGCGAUCAAGUCGGGCAAUGCUGCCAUUCUCAAGGGAGGCAAGGAAUCUACAGAAUCCUUCAUCGCCAUCUCACAAGUCAUCUCCUCUGCUCUCUCUACAACUCAGGUCCCCAACUCGGCCAUCCAGCUGGUCACCACUCGCGAUGUCAUUCUCCAGCUUCUAAGCCAGGACCGCAGCAUUGAUCUUGUGAUCCCCCGUGGUUCAAACGAGCUCGUCCGGUAUAUCAAGGAAAACACCAAGAUCCCCGUCUUGGGGCAUGCAGACGGCCUCUGCAGCAUCUACCUUACUGCUUCGGCAGACAAGGACAAGGCCGCCGUCGCCAUCGUCGACUCCAAGACCAGCUACCCCGCUGCGUGCAACAGCGUAGAGACUCUGCUUGUCCAGGACAAGGCCCUCAGCACAAUCUUCCCUGGUGUCGCCGCUGCAUUGGCUCUCAAGGGCGUGACUCUCCGCCUUGAUGCCGCCAGCAAAGCCGCUCUCUCAUCCACUACGCUUCCUGACGGCACUGUCCUGGAUGCCACUCCCGAAGACUAUGAUACCGAACAUCUUUCCCUGACACUGGCCGUCAAGACAGUAUCUUCCGUCGAAGAAGCCAUCCUCCACAUCAACACCCACGGCUCUCACCACACAGACUCUAUCUUCACCUCGGACGGAGCCGAGGCCGAACACUUUAUGAACCAGGUAGACUCAGCUGGCGUGUACUGGAACGCCUCAACUCGUCUGGCGGACGGCAUGCGCUACGGCUUCGGAACCGAAGUCGGUAUCAGCACCAAUAAGAUCCACUCUCGGGGACCGGUGGGCCUGGACGGGCUGACCAUUUACAAGUACAAGAUAAGGGGAGAUUAUCAGCCGACGGCGCAGUAUGGCGAGGGUGAGGGCAAGAGGCCAUGGAAGCAUGAACGGUUGGCCUUUUAAAGAGAGAAUGGAAUCGCUGGUGGGGAGUUGGGCGGGUGCCGUAAGCAGCGAAGAAGUCGCUUCUACACGCACAAAAUGAAAAUGAUGAAUACAUAAUGGCUUAAGUUUACAACGAAAAAAAAAAAAGGAUAUCUGACAAAGCCCCAGGAGACAACGUGAUAGUAUUACGAGCAUUAUUUGUUUAUUUGUUUUGUCUUUUCCAUCACCACGUAGAUCGUGGUGAAGUAGAUCGAUAGAGAUUGUUGCGGAGAAAUCUCUCCUUGACAAGGGGCGUAAGACAUGCAUACAGGGUAUUGCUCAUGCCCCCUUUUUUGAGCAUUGCAGCUAACACCACUACUCAACCUGACUUAGGAAAGAGGAUUAGAGAAAAAGACACUAAUAUGGUGUAGGA